AUGAAUAUUCCAGCUGAUGAUAAUUUAUUUGGGUUAAAUUUUGAUGUAGAUGCUUCAACUGUCAAGAAGAAGACAGAUAAUUCCAAAUCGAUGAAAGCGAAGCAGUAUAGAUUGAGUCAUGCAAUCAAAGUUUCAGCAAUAAACAAACGGAGGAAAAUUCCCGGGCCUAUUUAUUCAUUUAGCAGAUACAAAACUCCAACCCCCAUACAAUCCCAAAGCAUUCCUAUCAUGAUUCAGCACCGUAACCUACUUGCUUGUGCACCGACAGGUUCCGGAAAAACAGCUGCUUAUCUUCUUCCGGUGCUCAAUCAGUUACUGAGCAUAAACAUCUCUGAAAAUUCCGAGUCCAUGAGCAGUCCGAUUGAGAAGACAUCAGAACAUAAAAUAUUUCCGUUUGCUAUGAUCUUAGCACCAACUCAGGAGCUAAUGCACCAAAUCCGUUCCGAAGCAAUUAGGCUGUUUUCUGGCGUCAAAGGCGAUUGCUUCAUAGCAGCUUUGCAUAAAAAACAUUACUCUGUUCGCUGCAAAAAGAUAAUAAAACCAUCGGACAAUGAUAUUUCAACAAAUAAAUCAAAAAAAGUUCGUGAAUUGAGAUUACCUUCAAGCACUAAAGUCCUUAUUUCUACCCCUAGUCGACUAAGUGCUCUAUUAUCUCUCCCAUCAAACUGCUGUCCCAUUGAUUUGUCCAGACUCUCUUGGCUUGUGAUAGAUGAAUGUGAUAAGAUGCUGGAAGUCAAUUUCAACGAUAUAUCUUUUUCUAAAUCAGAACAUAGUAACAUGGCGAAAUACCGACCUCGAGGAUUUCACAAUCAAGUUGCACCUAUUUUUGAAGCGAUUCAGAAAGUUGACCUCGGUGGACAGUCAAAUAGAAAACUUACAGUCGCUUUAUUUUCGGCUACUGUUCCUGAUGAGGUUGUUUCAUGGGUACGAAAUCAGCUACCUGUCCUCCUAAAAUUGAGUGAUUUGGAAUAUGAGUUAGUCCAAUUACGAGUUGGUAUCCGAAAUGCUGCUGUUUCUACUGUCAAACAAGAGUUACGUUAUUGUGCUACAGAACAGGGAAAACUGUUAGAGAUGCGUUAUCUACUGGCUAAUGGACUAGCUUAUCCAUGCUUAAUUUUUAUGCAGUCUCGAGAUAGAGCCAACGAAAUUCUUAAGGAAAUUUUAUUGUCUGAUUCAGAUAUUCUUGCGAAUGUUAUUUCAAGUGAUAAAACAGAAGCUCAGCGUGCAAGUGUGGUUCGUGCUUUCCGUCAGGGACAACUUCAUGUUCUUAUAUGUACAGAUUUAUUGGGUCGUGGAAUAGACUUUAAAGGUGUCAGUAUGGUAGUCAAUUAUGAUGUUCCUCCACUAAAGCAAGAAUAUAUACACCGCAUUGGUCGAACUGGCCGAGCUGGUCACCAUGGGCGGGCAAUUACCUUGUGGACUGAUUCUGACCUCCCGCAUAUGGAUGGGAUAUUGUCUGUAAUGAAACGAAGCGGUUCUGAAGUUGAUGAAGAACUAGAAAGACUUGUGAAUGAAUGGAAGAAACGGCGAGUAAAUCUUAUGUGUAAACAAACAAAAGCUGACAGGAAAAAACUUUUAAGUGGUUCAAUUAGUCGUCGGCGUGGCGAAAGACGCCUUGCUUACAAGGUACUUAAAAGCUCCAGCAAAGAAAAUAGUACUGAAAAUACUGAUAUUCCAGAUAAGAGCUUGUGGUUCAGACCAUGGAAUCCUUACAGAGGCCGUAUAAGUGAAGUACCCGGUGCACUAAGCAAAAAAAGGAAGACUGAAUAA